AUGGUGUUGGUCCCAAAGUUUACGCCAGAACUCCUCACGUCAGCGCCUCGACGGGGCCCAGCAGUGCCAAAUCACAAUGGCACCCUGGCGUUGUUCACGCAGACAACCCAUACGAUCGGCGAAGAAAAGGCGCUGAAGGAGAUUCGUGUUAUGAACAUCCAGACGGGCGAGUCAACGAGGCUGGUGGAAGACGAGAAGGCACACGAUGCAUUAUGGCUUGGAGACGGGACAAAUACUGUCAUUUACCUCAAGUCAGGGGGCGUAGGCAUCACCUGGAUCAUGAUGGCAGAUGCCGACAACCCUUCGCUGGAUCCAUACAUUGUGGAUGAUAUCCAGGCCCCCGUUAACAACCUCAAAGUCAGGCCGCUCAAGGACGGUUCCAUCGCUUUUGUCGUCGUUGGCUUCGCAGAUAAGGACGGUCAAUUAUACAACGAAGAGUCUAACAAGAAGCCUCACACCGCGAGAGUCUGUGAUUCAUAUGAUGUCCGAAUUUGGGACGCAUACAAGAAGCCUCAGAGAUAUGCCAUCUGGUAUACGACUUUUGUCAAGGAGGAUGAUAAGUGGAGAUUCAAUAAACCUCUCAAGAACGCCGUAGCGGGCACGACGCUCGAGGCCCCGAUCAACAUGUACCAACCAUCGAACUCUACAGACGACUUCGACAUCAGUGACAAAGGCAUUGUCUUUGCAGGCCGAGAAUUCGAAGUUGGAGACCCAACGAUGGUCAAUAUUAGCAGUGUUUAUUACGUUCUUCUCGAAUCAUACGUCGAAGUCAGCUCUCAGGGACCAAGGAAGAUUGCCAUACAGAGCAACGUCGACAAGAGUUACUGCAGCCAUCCAAGGUUUAGCCCGGACGGUUCGAUGAUUGCAUUCUUGAGAGCACCAUAUGGUCGUGGAACGGCCGUCUCCAUAUACGUCAACCAUCUUGAUUCCCCUAGGGCAAUCAAUGUCUUCACCAUGGUGACAGGGAAAAAAUGGACUCUCAUCCCCGCUAGCUUCGAGUUUGCUCCUAGCGGCUAUUUCGUCUACAUCACCGCCGACGACUGCGGCAGAGUUGGCCUCUACAGGCUUGAUCUGCAGCCAAACGCGUAUCCCAAGACACUGCUGCGAAGCGGUGCUGUCUCUGCAUACCAUCCCUUGAAGCAGGAUAAAGACGACAUUGACAGAGUCUUGGUCACCAGCUCAAAUCUUAUUCAGCCUUCCAUAUUCCAGAUCGUGGACGGUGACCGGGGCAUCGAGUCCGAGCCGUAUGUUAUUUCCACCGCUUCCCAGCUUACGAAUCUCGGCCUCUCGCCAAGGCAGGUCUCAGAGAUCUACUUCGAGGGAGGAGGCGAUUAUUGUGUGCAGGCCUGGGUUGUGAAACCUCGUGACUUUGACCCAAGCCGAGAAUACCCAUUGUUGUUACAAGUUCACGGGGGCCCCAUUUCUGCAUGGAAUGAUGCUUGGAGCACAACAUGGAACCCAGCUGUCUGGGCCGAGCAAGGCUAUGUCGUGGUAUGUCCCAACAUCACCGGCAGUACAGGUUUUGGCUUGGAUUUCUCAGAAGCGGUAUUGGACAAUUUUGGUGGUCGUCCAUACGAUGACCUCGUCAACUGCCUCGAAUACGUCAAGAACAUGCCAGGCGUCGACACGGUGAACGCCAUUGCUGCGGGAGGCAGCUAUGGUGGCUACAUGAUGAACUGGAUCCAAGGACACGAAUUAGGACGGAAAUUUAAGGCCCUAGUCUGCCACGAUGGUAUUUUCCACAUCCCGACUUUCAUGCUGCAGUCGGAUUUCUGUGACACCGACGGAGUCUUCGGUGGGCCUCCUUUCAUGUGGGCUAACAUCGAUGGGCUGGAGCGCUACAACCCGGCCCGACCAGAUCUACUCAAUAACUGGACAACACCAAUGCUCAUCAUACAUAGUGAGAAAGAUUACAGGUGCCCGGUUACAGAUGGUGUGGCUGCGUUUCAUACGCUGAAAGCGCUGGGCACUCCGGCUAGGUUCGUCAACUUCCCUGACGAGAACCACGUUGUGCUCAAGGAGGAGAACUCACUGGAGUGGCAUCGUUUGGUAUUUGAGUGGAUCAAUCAAUGGUCGGGUGUUGCUGCGAAGAACAUGAUGAAAGGCUUGACAAGGCCUGUGUGA